AUCGAAUACAACUUCAAAUCUUAAACUGGUCUCGGCGCCCCCCUGCCGCGCGUAUAUAUCUGCUCCACUCGUCGAGCUCGAGCUGCACACUCCCAUCAUCCCCGCUUACACACGCAGUGCUCUGCUCACGCAAACAUAAUGCCCAGUUUGCACGACACCACCCCGGCGAUGGCGCCGUCCUACGACACGCCGGAGGGCGUGGACAUCCGCGGCCGUUACGACCCGGAGUUCGCGGCCAUCCUGACCCGCGACGCGCUGGCCUUCGUGGCCGGCCUGCAGCGCGAGUUCCGCGGCCCCGUCAGGUACGCCAUGGAGCGCCGGCGUGAGGCCCAGCGGCGCUACGACGCCGGCGAGCUGCCGCGGUUCGACCCGUCCACCAGGUUCGUCCGGGAGGGAGACUGGGCGUGCGCGCCCGUGCCGCCGGCCAUCGCGGACCGGACCGUGGAGAUCACCGGCCCCGCCGACCCGAGGAAGAUGGUCAUCAACGCGCUCAACUCCGGCGCCAAGGUCUUCAUGGCUGAUUUCGAGGACGCGCUGGCGCCGACGUGGGAGAACCUGAUGCGCGGGCAGGUGAACCUGCGGGACGCCGUGGCCGGCACCAUAAGCUUCCGCGACGCGGCGCGCGGCGGCCGGGUGUACAAGCUCGACGAGCGCACCGCGAAGCUGUUCGUCAGGCCGCGCGGCUGGCACCUGCCGGAGGCGCACGUGCUCAUCGACGGCGAGCCGGCCAUCGGCUGCCUCGUGGACUUCGGGCUCUACUUCUUCCACAGCCACGCCGCCUUCCGCGCCGGCCAGGGCGCCGGAUUCGGCCCCUUCUUCUACCUCCCCAAGAUGGAGCACUCCAGGGAGGCGAGGAUAUGGAACGGCGUGUUCGAGAGGGCGGAGAGGGUGGCCGGGAUCGAGCGUGGGAGCAUCAGGGCGACGGUGCUGGUGGAGACGCUGCCGGCGGUGUUCCAGAUGGACGAGAUCCUGCACGAGCUGCGCGACCACUCGGCGGGGCUCAACUGCGGGCGGUGGGACUACAUCUUCAGCUACGUCAAGACGUUCCGCGCCCACCCGGACCGCCUCCUCCCCGACCGCGCCCUCGUCGGCAUGGCGCAGCACUUCAUGCGCUCCUACUCCCACCUCCUCAUCCGCACCUGCCACCGCCGCCGCGUCCACGCCAUGGGCGGCAUGGCGGCUCAGAUUCCGAUCAAGGACGACGCGGCGGCGAACGAGGCGGCGCUGGAGCUGGUGCGCAGGGACAAGCUGAGGGAGGUGCGCGCGGGGCACGACGGCACGUGGGCGGCGCACCCAGGGCUCAUCCCGGCGAUCCGGGAGGUCUUCGAGGGCCACCUCGGAGGGAAGUCUAACCAGAUCGACGCGGCGGCACCCGUCGACGCCAUCACGGAGGAGGACCUGAUCCAGCCGCCGCGGGGUACGCGCACGGUGGAGGGGCUGCGGCUCAACACCCGGGUCGGCGUGCAGUACCUCGCGGCGUGGCUGGGCGGGUCCGGGUCCGUGCCGCUGUACAACCUCAUGGAGGACGCGGCCACCGCGGAGAUCAGCCGCGUGCAGAACUGGCAGUGGCUCCGCCAUGGCGCGGUGCUCGACGCCGGCGGCGUGGCGGUCCGAGCCACGCCGGAGCUGCUCGCGCGCGUCGUGGAGGAGGAGAUGGCGAGGGUCCAGGCAGAGGUCGGCGCGGAGAGGUUCCGCCGGGGGCGCUACGCGGAGGCUGGCAGGGUCUUCAUCCGGCAGUGCGUCGCGCCGGAGCUGGACGACUUCCUCACACUGGAUGCCUACGGCCUCAUCGUGGUGCACCAUCCCAGAGGGACGCCAUCCAAGCUCUGACUGGGAAUCUAGAUUAAGAACGCUGCCACAUGCAUGCACAAAUACAUACUCCAUCCGUCCAUGCAUACACAAAUACAUACUCCAUCCGUCCCAAAAUAGUCGAAGAAAUAAAUACAUACCGUCCGAAAAUACUUGUCGGAGAAAUAAAUACAUAGUACUACUAAGUUGGCUGUGUUGCUUAAACACAAUAAUCAUCUGGGAGAGAGAGAGCAGAAUUACUAUGAAAAGUUGCGUUAGAUUUUCUGUG